AACAUUGUUUGUUUGUAUUUCGUUUGUAACAAGUUCGCGGGUUUAAAAUGCAAAAUGAUCAAAAUAUAAGUUUCUUUAACUAUAUAUUCAAUGUUAAAUACAAACAGUUUUUAUAGUUCGUUGUGCUUGAUGAUAGAAUAGAUCAGAUUUUGUUUUUAUGGCAAUGGCUGGUUCAGGUAAACGAUUUGAAACAGAUCAUAAACGAGGAACAUCAACCGUGGUACUACGUAAACGUUGCCGUAAAAAUAAUUCCGACUCCCAUUCAGAUCCAGCAAUUCAAUGGGUCAACAGUCAUCUCCAAUCUGUUCAGGCCAACGUUGGGCAUCCACGUGAAUAUUCGUUAGACCACAACGUUCAUGCUAAUAUACUACAACUGCCACUACAACCCGGAAUACUCACGAAAGAAUCUCUGCAUGAUUACUUCCAGCGCACAUCAUGGAACACAACGUUCCCAGUGCCCCUUAUUGCUCAGUUUGCUCAGGAGGGAAAUCCUACUGAAGAAUGUGAUUCCAUGCUUCGUUUGAUAAAAGCAAAAAAAUCUUAUCUAAAUACAUUAAACAGCAUAAAAGCGAGCUUUCGGCGUAAAAAAGUUUCCAAAAAAAUAGGCAAGAAGCUACCGCAAGAGAAUAUAUUCCCAAAUGUGGUCUUCAAGCUAGCGGAACAACUUGAGAGAGAUCCAGAUAAAUGGUUUUUGGGAAAAUAUGGCUAUGAUUAUUAUUUCACCGGUGGCAGUUUGAUUGUAGUUGUGACUAAGGACCUCAAGUGGAUUGUAAACGUGGUGGAUGAAACAAUGCACACGGUAAAAAUAAUCCCAAUUCAUGUUCUGGCAAAUAAAUUGCAGAUUGAUUCAAAUAAUAUUAAGGAAUAUGAUUUGGGUAGUGAUUACGGACCCAUAUUGGAAACAUUUUGGAAUGCAGCAGAUAAAUUUAACACGGUCAGGGAUCAAGCAAUUGAGUUUUCAAAUAUUAUAAUAGGCCUUCGACGGAAGCAUCAAAUAAACAUUUUAUGUGGAAAGGGUGAUCCUGCUACUUUAACACAAAGAACUAUUACGUCAGAAGUUCCGUUUAUUUCCUGUUGCUUUGUAUUCGAAUUUAACCAACGGUUUAUAUGCACAUCGGACAUGGAAAAGAAUUUAAAAAUCUGGAACUAUAAUCAAAUAAGAAUAUUAUGUUCACUCAAACUUCCAAAACAGGACCCUGCGGAUGAUGAUUGGUGCUGCAUUCGUUAUGUUGGACGAAGUACCGUCAUUUGUUUAGAAAGAACUAAUGUAAGGCUCGUUAAAAUUACACCAAAUGAUAUGAUAAUUGAGAAAACAGUCGCACUAGCGAGUUGGCUCUGGUCAUGUGAUAGAGCAUCGUGUCUAGAAGUAAAUACGGAAGAACGGAUAAUUUUCAUCGGAACCACGCAUAAACUACUUCUUUUGCGUAUAGUCGAAUCGGCUGACAGCGAAUCGUCUGAUCUUCAACAAAUCAUUACCUUCACGCACAAUCUCAAACAUUUUCCAACAAUGAUGCAAUGCGUUUCGGAAUCGCACCAGAACUAUUACGUUUGGAUCUCCUCGCAUUUACCCGGCGAUACAAAAAUAUGCAGUUUUGCGAAACUACCACCGAAAAGAUUUGCAACGAAAAAUCUGCCGGUGAAACCACGUUCGAUACAAGAAUCGUAUAUUUUCGCUCGGAACGAAGGUAAAUGCGUUUUUCCAGCAAGAGUAUUGAGUCGUCGCCUUCAGUUGUUUCACUCUGGCAUUGCCAUAAUUAAAGAUUCAGAUCAGCUUUAUCUUUUGCUGCAGAAUUCGAUUGGGGACAUAUUCCAUCAGAAAAUCAUCCAUGACCGUAAUGAAUCAAACAGCUCCGAAGUUGCAAGCAGUAUGCACAACUGGAUGCUUCAGGUGAACUCGUUCAAUGCGUCACUACCUUCGAGAACUACAGCGACUGAUCUAAAAAACUUACGCGGUUUUAAGAAAAUUUUACAAUCCCGCACUAAUUGGAACAGUCCAGCUGUGGAAAGCCAAGAAAAUAAACAAACAUUCCGUAAACGACCUCGUUGGAAGCAGACCGUAGAACAGCUUCACGAGUAUCGAGAUUUACUUGCACCAGAUAUGCUGUCGGUAUGGGGAUUUAGACCAAAUGUGGCGCAGUCGGAACAACGACUCGCUACUGAUAUACCAAUUAAUGUAACCGAUCGAAUAUCCAGCUGGCUGGAGCAAACGGCUGAAUUGGCAGCAACAUUCACAGUGCGCACUGAUGUCGCUGAAGAAGUGCCAGAUACACAAGCGGCCGUCAUUAGUGACGAUGACAACAGUUCUGUGGAAAUAGCAGCGGUAUCAUCAUCGAUGAAGUUCCCAGUUCCCAUGGUUUCCACUACAGAUACUUUGAAAGAUAAAGUGAAAUUAGAUACAAAUAAGACUUCGGCCAAACCAGUAAGAAAAAAAUAUGUACAAGGAUUUUGAUUUAGUACAGGAUUUUGAAUUUCAAGCUUAAAUAUUUUUAGUUAGAUCAAGAUUUCGAAUACAAAAGUUACUUUUUUAAAUAGUUUAGAUCACGGCCAAAAUGAAAGCAUCAAAGGCAACCUUGUGAAUAAACAAUCUAGGCCAUUUAAUGAAGUUGAAA